AUGCAUCUUUCGUCGCUGCUGGUGGCUGUCCUGCUGCCUCUCGCCCUCAGCAAGCCUACGCCUCGAAAGAAACCUGGAAGCUUCACAGUCCACCUGGCGCGCCGGUCAGAGGCGGAGUACGCUCGCGAUGGACCAACAGACCUGCAGAGAGCAUACGCAAAGUACGGCAUCCCGUCGACGCAGGGGAUGGAUGGCUACCGGCCUGAGCCCAUCAGCCGGUUUCAGGGCAACUCAAAGAUCGCUGGAGGCGCCCCCGGAGCCAAAGACGACGGCAAAGACGAGAAGGGCGAGGUCGAGAACAACCCGACCAGCCAUGAUAUCCAGUUUCUGUCCCCCGUCACCAUCGGUGGCCAGCCGUUCAUCAUGAACUUUGACACCGGCUCUUCCGACACAUGGGUGAUGAACACCGACAUGGAUGACGAGGAGGCCAAAAAGGACCACCACCUGUACGACCCGCGCAAGUCCAAGACGUACAGCAAGCUGGACGGCCUGACCUUCAGCAUCAAGUACGGUGACAAGUCGCACGCCUCGGGCCCAGUGAUCACCGACGUGAUGGACAUCGGCGGCGCAACCGUCAGGAAGCAAGCCAUCGGCCUGCCCACCAAGGUCGCCGCCUCUCUGGCGAACGACAAGUCGUCCGACGGCCUCGUCGGGCUGGCCAUGAACAAGCUCAACACCGUGCGGCCCGACAAGCAAAAGACCUUCUUCGAGAACCUGGCCGAAGACCUCGACGAGCCCGUCUUCACCGCCCAGCUCAGAAAGGGCAAGAUGGGCUCGUACGAGUUCGGCGCCAUCGACAAGACAAAGUACGCCGGCGACCUGGUCAACGUGCCCGUCAACAACAAGAACGGGUUCUGGGAGAUCAGCAGCGCGCUCUACUCCGUCGGCCAGCUGGACAAGAUCCAGAAGGUCGAGAACGGGACCGGCACCGCCAUCCUGGACACCGGCACCACGCUGCUCAUCCUGGACGAGGAGGUCGUCAAGGCGUACUAUGCGCAGGUCAAGGGGGCCAGGUACGAUGCCAGCCGCUAUGCCGGAUGGGUCUAUCCCUGCAACGCCUCCAUGCCCUCUCUCUUCCUGGCCGUGGGACACGACCAUAUGGCCAUCAUCCCGAGCUCGCUGCUCACCUUCCAGAACUACGGCCCUGGCCCUGAUGGUACCGAUGUAUGCUACGGUGGGCUGCAGUCCAACAACGCCGGCGGCAUCCAGAUACUGGGAGACGUCUUCUUCAAGGCCCUCUUCGUCGUCUUCGACUACCGCGGUCCCUCCGUCUCUCUCGCUCCCCAUGCUUAG